CAGCAGCAGCAGCAGCAGCAGCAGCAGCAGCAGCAGCAGCAGCAGCAGCAGCAGCAGCAGCAGGAGGAAGAUGAGGACUUGGGGGACAGCUGCUCGACGCACGGGCGCGUGUCCUUCACGGAGCUGCCGACGGGGGCCUCUUCAGUGCGGAACGAGGAGGAGGGUUCCUCGGACGAAGCUGCUGCUGCUGCUGCUGCUGCUGCUGCAGCAGGAGGCGCAGCAGCAGCAGCAGCAGCAGCGGGGGGCCCCCGGGGCGCGUGCGCAGCAGCAACUCUGUCGCCGCCUCCGCUGCGGGGCGCGCGGCGGGCGCAGACGUGCCGGACGACGGCGAAGACAGCAGCAGCAGCAGCAGCAGCAGCAGCAGCAGCGGAGGCGGGCGGGGCGGGGGCUGCUGCAGCAGGCGCAGCAGCAGCAGCAGCAGCAGCAGCAGCAGCAGCGCAGCGCAAACUCUACCGCCGCGGGGCCACCUUCCCAGAGUUCACCACUCAGGAAAACUUAGCAGCAGAAGAGAUGCCGCUGUGCGAGGGUUUGCGGCGGGGCAGCAGCAAAAGAGGGACCCUGCUGCUGGGGGGGCCCCCCGGGGGGGCCCCCCUGGGGGGCCCCCAACCCUUCCUGAGGGCCUCCGACUGCCACAAUUGGUCCCCCAUAACCCUCGCGAACUUCCUCAAACUCCUCGGGAUGCAGCAGGAAGCAGCAGUGUUUAAAAGGGCUAAGAUUUGCGGCUCAGAUAUCCCAUCUUUGAAGGAAAGUGACCUCGAGGGUUUGGGACUUAGAGAAAAAAACUCCAGGAAAUUCCUCUUAGCCGUUUUCCGAUAUCUCUGGAGCUGCACAGACCACAGAGACCCCCUCAAGCCCCACAACCGCAGACACCUCAGCAGCAGCAGCAGCAAACUCCCCACCAUUCCUUCUGCUGCUGUUGCAGUGGGCCCCUGCGUGGGGGGGGGGGGCUUUGCUGUUGUCCACAAGGCCAGCCUCUCUUGGGGGCCCCUGCGGGGCCCCCAGGGGCCGGGGGGGCCCCCGCAGCACCCGCAGCGCCCCGAGAAAGGGGUACUUCCGCUUCGCGGGGGCCCCGGGGGGCCCCCGGAACCCGCGGGGGGCCCCCAGGGGGGGGGCCCGGGGGGCCCCCAGGGGGCCCCCAAACCCCUCACUGUGGCCUGCAAAAUCUUCAGAUAUAACCCCAGACCCACUGCUGUUGCUGCUGCACUCACUCCCAAGCCCGUGAGGUCCUGGGGGCCCCUCCAGCCCCAAAGCAGGGCGGGGGAGGGGGCCCCCGGGGGGCCCCGCGAGGGGCCCCUCCGGGGGCCCCCCGGGGGGGCCCCCGGGGGGCCCCCCAACGCCGACAGCCGCUCCUCAGAAGCCAGCAGCGUCUCCUCCUUUUCCUUCGACUUGGGGGGCCCCCCGCAGCACGCAGCAGCGGACAGCAGCAGCAAGGGGGGCCCCCAAAGCUGCCCCGCUUCCGGGCUCCGCGGGGGCCCCCUGGGGCCCCUCGGGGGGCCCCGGGGGGCCCCCCCGGGCCUCGCCAGGGACUUCUUGUACUCCAGUGGGGCCUCCAGCAGCGGCGCCGAGGGGGGGGCCCCCCGCUCGCCCCUGGGGGGGCCCCCCAGUACCCUCGAGGCCCCUCUCAGGCCCGAGGGGGCCCCCCUCGGCGGCAGCAGCAGCUCCCCCAGCGGCUCCGGGCCCCCCUCUUCAGAGGAAAAAAACAGCAGCAGCAGCAGCAGCAGCAGCAGCAGCAGCAGCAGGUGGGGCGGGAGCGGGGGCCCCCCGAGCGGCCCCUCGUGGCCCUGUGGGGCCGUUUCGUCGGACGGAGGCUCGGAGGGCGACACCGCAGCAACAGCAGCAACAGCAGCAGCAGCAGCAGCAGCAGCAGCAGCAGCAGCAGCAGCACCAGAAGCUAGCACCCCGGCCAGCUGGGAGGCUCCGGGCAAAGCCAAAGAGGAGAAGCAAAGCCCAACCAGCACCCCCCCCCAGGGAACCCCCCAAAGGACCCCCCCGGGGGGGCCCCCGGGGGGCCCCCCGGGGGCCCCCGGGGGCUGGAGCCCGGCGUCGUGGGAGAGCCACGUGGCGCGGCUGCCGCUGGUGGACUUUUUUCGGUACUGCCCCAUGGCAGUGAAGCACCGGGACUUGGAAGCAGAUAUUCUUUUUGCUUUGCAGCCUCAUCCAAAUAUAAUAAAAGUUUACGGAAAGUGUUCUUUGAGGCCCGGAGAAGAGGCCCUGCUGCUGGAGUACUGCAGCAGGGGUUCUCUGGACUCUCUGGUCUUUCCGGGGGCCCCCGGGGGCCCCGGGGGGCCCCCGGGGGGCCCCCCGGGCCCCGGGGGGGGGGCCCCCGGCGCCGGGGGCCCCGGGGGCCCCUCGGGCCCGGGGGUUGCACACCCGGGGGGCCCCCGCCGCAGCAAACGCAGGGGGGGGCCCCUCACCAGGCCCGAAGUUGUGAGGCUUUUUGAACAAGUUGCUGCUGGUCUUGAACAUGUCCACAGCUGCAGCAUUCUGCACAGAGACGUCAAACUCAGCAACAUUCUCGUCACCGACACAACCGCCAAAAUCGGAGACUUCGGAGUGGCCACCGCCUUCGUGCCCACUGACAGCCCCUCAGUGCUCGGCAUUUACGGCAGCGUCUUUUAUGCGGCUCCCGAGGUGCUGAAGGGGGACGGCUUUUAUCCUGCUUCAGAUGUUUGGUCUUUCGGUGUUGCCUUUUGGGAAGCUCUGACGGGCCAAAUUGCCUUUGACGGGCUGUCCGCGGGCUACGUGCUGGUGCACGUGGCAGCAGGCUCGCUGCAGCUGCCGCUGCCCAGCGAUUUGCUGCCGCGGCUGCGGCUGCUGCUGCAGAAGACUCUCAGCUAUGAUUAUCGGCAGCGGCCGACUUUUGCGGAAAUAAAAGAAGAACUCCGACGCAUUCAGGAGACAGCAAUUGCUGGCAUUGAGAAGGACCUCGACGAAUUCUUCUGCUACUAA